CAUCCUCAGACCUCAACCUCCACUAAGAGCCAACCUGGACUUGAGCGUCCAGUCCCUCCACCCCUGGAUGCAAUACGCUCGCAUCUUCCACCAAGACAGGACAAUUAUGGCGCGCUCAUUACGUACCUCUAAUGAUUUCUCCCACCCAGAUUACGGUCCCUUUGCGGCCUUUCACCCUGCCAUCCGAGCUUUGACCCAGCGGUAAUCAACGUUUCAUCCGCCAUGAUCAUUGCAGCUCUGAUCAAGAUCAGGACUACCUAAGCACGAACACUACCCUACCUUAGCAUCGGGUUGACCAGAGGGCUGGGUCCAACCUGGUUGGUAUUGCACCCAAAUUAGCACUGGCUCAGAUGCGGUGCACACAAGGCCUGCCAGCCCUUGCUCAUUUGUUCCAUCCUCAAAUUUCAAGGAUCACUGCCCUUGGAUCCAAAGAUACAUUUGAGAAAAGUCUCAUGUCUGCUGUUCAAGCUCACAAAACGUAGAGGCCGAUGCUGUUAUUGGCAGCUCCAGCCUCAACCUCCUUGCCUGUUGGUGCAACACCCUCCUGUAGCUUGGGGUGCACCACUGACCUGCCUCUUUGCCUAUGGUGUCGAUUUACUGCCAUCACUGCCGCCGAUGUAGUUGUCCCGCGCUGCAUCACUCACAGUGCACUCCUGCUUCAUGAUUUUGUAUCACGCUGCAGCGAGAAAGUGAUUGUACCAUCACCAGCCUCAAUCAGCAUCUGCGGCAGCAAAAGGAAGGUUGAUCGGCUUCAGAGUCUGGAAAUAGUCAUAUGUCACAUUCCACAGAGAUCUAACUGGAAUUACGCCGAACGGUUCAAACUUUCUGGUCUCAGCUAUUGCAAAUGCGCGCGCUUGGUGCCUGUAGCUGUUCAUUCAACGGCUUUAGUUCCACCACCCCUUUGACUACAACAAUUACACCGCGGGCCACAACCGUUGGUCUGAAAGAUACUCUUGAUGGACGGCCCGAUCCGACUCAAAUUCGACCUUCAUUGUCAUUUGCCAUGCUUUCGUUUACUCGUACCGUCGGUCUCCUUCUCAUGACCAGCCACGCUUUAGAAGACAAAGCAAUGUCAUGUUACCUUUUUCAACAGUCCCUCAAAAUUGCAAGCACGAAUUAUGCCCUGUAUGCUCUUAGACGUCCGAUGUGAACAUCGAACGCGUCUACGCUGAUAUUGGUAUCGGCAUCAUCAUUGUACCUACCAGGCCAAGCACUGCUAGACGGGAACCGACACCGAAAUCAGAUCCACUACAAUGAUGCUUUAUGGAGAACACAAAGGCUUACAGCCUGUCAUUCUACUAGUCAAUGAGCUUUCCCGCGUCCCUUUCUGGGCAAGCUAAUCAGCCUCUGGACCAUGAUAUGGACCUGCGCCGCCCCCUCCUCAUCACUUCGGGUACGGAGGUGUCUUAUUGGCCCACCACCAAUCUACGCAAUCAUCAACGCCCCCUUCGGAACUUCUGAUCGUGAAUUUGAUGGCUCUUUAUUUUGAUCUGGUCCACACGAGUCUUCGGCAUUGCCCUGGCCUGGUCAUAGCAUCAAGCCCCCAACCACUAGGUCGUUGGCCGUCGUCCCCAUAGAUUUCGGUAUCCUGCUGUCCCAGCAGUGUUAUGCCGCAUCCGCUGUGCGUGGAGGUGAAACCUUUCUUCGGCCUCACGUGUCGUUGUGUAAGGACGACUGGGGCCUUCAAAGCCUGAAACAUAGCCUGGGCAUCUGACAGGGGCCCGACAACCUUUCUUCGCCCUACUCUACCAAACUUGAAUGUUGAGGGUGGCAUACCAAUCAUGGUUGGUUGGUGCCUUGAUCGCUUGGCGACUGUGCCUGUAUCCCUGGCCGCACUUGAAUGUGUGUAAAAUUUCCGAACAAAGAUGGGCCUAAUUGUCGAUCAUUGCGUCAAUUGUAUUGUUAUCAAGCUGACCGUUCUCGCCGCUGCGUUUUCCCAUGUCUGCUCUAGGUGGGGGGUUUCGACGUAUCUCGACUUCGUAUCAUAGACAAGUCUGCCCAGCAAUCAGGCACUACGAUCUCAGUGGCUGACUUUUGUCCCUCCACCGUACAAACCUGGGCUGCUCUGCGGUGUUCCGUCUAUGGCGUCUUUCUCGUCAAAGCAGGACCUCUCCCAAUCAUAGUCGUGCUUGUGGCGUAUCGUAGAAGCAUUGACGGCCGGGUACUUGCAUAUUCACGCACUCGUACUGGGGCCAGGAGUGGAUUAUAAUGGUCUUCAGGCUCAGGGCAGCGUCCAAGGCCGUACCCAACUUGAAGUAUCAAGACUACAACUGCCGCUUUGUUAUGCCCUGAGGCUGAUAUCUGCGUCCCCCCUUCAAGGAGCGACGAACCAACUACAAGCAUACAGUGAAUUGGACGCUGCUGGCCAAGACUAGAAUCGGUGGAUGCAUCUUGUUCUCGGCGGUCAAUAUUCGCUGCCGUCUCGCGGCCCGUAAGCUCAAUCGGGAAUGAAUCUAGGCAGGGCUCUCAAGACCUUUGCUUGGUCCAGAUGGCGAGGAUCGUGGAGGAUUUGCAGCAUAGCCCUGCACUUGCACGCGGCUUCCUGCUUCUAAUUGUUACCGUGGGCUCCGUUAACAUCGCGGAUCUCCACUGCUGCCAGUCCUUUGCAGUUGGGCCAUCCAUUACACCGCCAUGGCAUGGUCGAAACAAUUUUGGCUAUCUCUAAGAUGCCCAGAAGUCUAUCAUUUGAUUAGUGCUGGGGCUUCUAAGCUCUCCAUAACUUGCAUGUCCUUCCCGUUGUCUCAGGCUCUGCGCAACCUCAAGUUUCCCCCAUUCAAAGUCCCUGCCCCCAGCCGGUGACCCCGAGUCUGCUGUUGUUUCUUCGAGACUUUCGGCAGGCUUCCUUCUUAGGACUUAGCCCCUUCAUUGUCUUCUUCUCACUCAGUCCUGUGCUACAUGUUCUCAUAAUCACCCCCUAGAGCCUCUCGAUUCUUAGUUCUCAGUUCAUUCCUGUACGAUCCCAAGUCAGCCACCAUCACUUGAAAUCGAAGCGUGGGUAUAUAGACAGCCAGAUCCUGCACUCGUGCGGUUGUGUCUUGCCUACAGCUGUUAUCUCUGGCAGUUCACCUUUUUAACAUUGCACUUGUUCUUUGUGACACCAUUUGUCCAGCGAUACCAUCACCCGAUCGAGACCGAAGAGAACAACAUAUAUCGAACAAGUUAUUUGUCGAAAGAAAACAAACUACGACAGUUAUUUACUCAGUCUACUGAGUAAGGCAAGGGUGAGACACGACUAUUGUUUUCGACUCCGAUGCCCAUGAUCAACCCCCGAUAUCAUUACCACCCUCAUUCUAAAUACGACUGAGGAUCCCUAAGCUAUCAAUCACUUAAAACUCACUCGACAUAUUGGCUCUUGAAGUUGGGACUAAAUUCUUCUCGGCAUUUUUGUCGUUGCUUAUUGACAAAGUCUCGCCUCUGAGCUAGACUAGACUAUUCCAUGAUGUUGCCGGAUAUCACCCCCGAGUCUAUGAAUACACA